CCUAAAUGGAUUUUAAUUUGAUAAUCCCACUCAAGGUUUAUCGCUUCAAGUGGCACAUCGCUGGGGUCUAAGGAAUAGCCCCGUUCCUGGUUUCAUUUGAGUCGGCUCUACAGUCCCGAUAAGACCCCAUCCAUAGAGCUUUGCGUUCACUGAAAUGGAAUAUUUCGGUAGAGUGCUAAUAUUUAUCGCAUUAGUGCUACCGUAUGCUUCGGUAUCCGAGGCUACCUGUGGAUUCGAGACAUGUCCCAAGACGAGGCUGAAUAUGAUCAAUGUUCAUUUGGUCCCCCAUUCGCACGACGACGUCGGUUGGCUGAAGACAGUUGAUCAGUAUUAUUAUGGAAGUCAGAAUAAAAUUCAACACGCCGGGGUCCAAUACAUCUUGGACACGGUGGUCCAGGAGCUUCUCAAAGACUCCAGCAGGCGAUUCAUUCAAGUGGAGACCUUUUUCUUUGCGAAAUGGUAUUCCGAACAGUCAGAUACCGUACAACAGGCCGUACAAAAAUUGGUGGCCGAGGGUCGUUUGGAGUUCACUGGAGGAGCUUGGAGCAUGAACGAUGAGGCUACAGUUCACUAUCAGAGCGUAAUUGAUCAAUUUAAUUUGGGUUUAAAAUAUUUAAAAGACAAUUUUGGUGACUGUGCUCGUCCCACGAUUGGAUGGCAAAUCGAUCCCUUCGGACAUUCCCGCGAAAUGGCUUCUAUUUUUGCUCAGAUGGGCUAUCACGGCGAGUUCUUUGCCCGCAUGGAUUACCUUGAUAAAAGGAAACGCCUGGGGGAUCUGGGCAUGGAGAUGAUUUGGAAAUCCAGUGAAGCUCUCAAGAACUCUGAAAUAUUUACUGGAAUGCUAUACAACCAUUACUCUGCUCCUCCGGGAUUCUGUUUCGACAUCAACUGCCAGGAUGCUCCCAUUAUAGAUGGGGAUAGCUAUGACAAUAAUGUGGCCGAAAGAGUGGAUGGUUUUAUUGAGUACAUCAAGAACAUGUCGAAAUCAUUCCGAACCCCCCACAUAAUGGUUCCAAUGGGAGACGAUUUUCAAUAUGAAGAUGCCGAAGUAAACUUUAAAAACAUGGACAAGCUAAUACAAUAUGUCAACGCUCGCCAGUCGGAAGGUUCCCAAAUCAAUGUCUUCUACUCAACUCCCUCGUGCUACCUAUAUGAACUUUACAAGCUGGAACAGACUUGGCCCAAUAAGACCCAGGACUUCUUCCCAUACUCCAGUGACUCACACUCCUAUUGGACCGGCUACUUCACAUCGCGUCCCACCCAGAAGCGCUUCGAACGGGAUGGCAACCAUUUCCUGCAGGUGGUCAAGCAACUGGGUGUCCUCGCCAAUCUGACAACUGUUCAGCAAUCCGAGAAUCUGGAGAACCUCAGUCAAGCCAUGGGUAUUAUGCAGCACCACGAUGCAGUCACGGGUACUGAGAAACAGGCAGUUGCCCAGGACUACGAUCGUCUGUUGUCUGAGGCCAUUGUUGGUGCCGAGAGCAAUGCUCGGGAUGCCCUAAGGAUACUGACCAAUCUGACAUCUGGAGCGUUUGAAAGUUGCCUGGAAUUAAACAUUAGUACCUGCACUUUCACCCAAAAGAGUGCCAAUAAUGUGGUGGUGACUGUCGUGAAUCCUUUGGGCCACACAUCCACUCAGUAUGUGAGGGUUCCUGUGCCGAAGGAGAACUAUAUAGUCACGGAUGAAAAAGCUCGCGAGGUGCCGUCUGAGCUUGUAGCUGUGCCCUGGCAAAUCUUAUCUCUAGAACAUCGACCGAACGACACCCAACACGAAUUGGUUUUCCAGGCUACUGUGGAAAAGAUUUCCAACUUCUAUAUUCGCAUAUUGCCAGUCCCAAAACACUUUUCAGAUAAUAGUGUUUAUGACUCAGUAGACACUCAGAACUCUAUUGGCCAUGCAAACGACGAAGAAUCCAGUGAAUUAGUAGUUGAAAACUCGCUCAUAAAACUAGUUUUCGAUACCACUACUGGUGUCUUGAAAACCGUCGAAAUGAAUGGGAUAACCGAAAAUAUUCAACAGAGUUUUGGAAUCUACAAGGGAUUCCGGGGCAAUAAUGGAGAAGCCCAGAACCGUUCAUCCGGGGCGUAUAUUUUCCGACCCGACGGGAAUAUUGAAAUACUAUCCGACAAAGUGGAACUAUCCGUUUACGAUGGCACCAAAGUCAAAGAAGUGCACCAGCACUUCAAUGAAUUCGUCUCCCAAGUGGUAAGAAUUUAUGAUGGAAUAAAUCGCGUGGAAUUUGAAUGGCUAGUCGGGCCCAUUCCCAUCGACGAUGAGGUGGGCAGGGAGAUAGUUACUCGAUUUACCACCAACAUAGCCUCCAAUGGAAAAUUCUAUACCGACUCAAAUGGCAGGGAAAUGCUAGAACGUGACCGGAAUAAGCGGGAGAACUUUGACGCCGAUAUGACAGAGUCAGUAAGUGGCAACUACUAUCCGGUGACCGCCCAGAUUUCCCUUCAAGACGACAAAAAGCGAAUCACCCUACUUAAUGAUCGGGCACAGGGCGGAGCCAGCUUGAGAGACGGAGAAUUGGAACUGAUGCUGCAUCGUCGCCUACUGAACGAUGAUGCCUUCGGCGUGGGUGAAGCCCUCAACGAGGAGCAGUAUGGAACUGGUUUGAUUGCCAGAGGAAAGAUCUCCCUCAUCCUCGACGCCGCCUCAGAAAUUCCCAAUCAUGCGGAGAGAUCCACGCAACUCGAACUGCACUUACCAUUUUGGAAGUUUUUCAGCAAAUCAAAUAAUGUUGCCUCUGUCAAGCGAAAUCUAUUACCCGAUUUCGACGUGUUUCCCCGAUCCGUUGGCUUGCUUUCCUUUGAAAAAUAUGAUCAAAAUCAAAUAUUAAUCAGAGUGGAAAACUUCAAUAGUAUUGGCAAUGUAGUCAGCUUCAACAUUUAUCCUCUCUUCGAGUCGUUGGAUGGAAAAGAGAUUUGGGAAACUACUUUGGAUGGCAAUUUGCUGCUGAGCGAGAUGAAGAGAUUCAAAUUCAAUCAGGAUAGCUCGGGAUCGAAUCCUGCUGAUUCUGAUUACUUCUACGCCCCCCACAGGCCCCUGGAGGCGAAUUCUACCAUGGAAGCUUCGCAGUUCGCUGUCACUCUGGUGCCCAUGCAAAUACGUACAUUUAUUAUAAAACAAUAAUGAUUUUUGUAUUAAAAAUAUAAAAAUAUAACGAAACUAUUGAUCCUUGAA